AAUAGUCGUAUAUAUUAUAUGGGAAUUAGGAGGAUUUAUUGAUGUGGAUUUAGAAAUGUCACAGCAUUUUGUGCAUUUUAAACUAUGAUAUUGUUGUCUCAUCAGAUUAUGAUAACAUUUCAGAGAACAAUAAAGAAAUUUUGGACUGGAAAAAAAGAUUCAAUAUUGCGGUAGGCACAGCAAAAGUAUUGGUUCAUCUGCAUGAUGGCUGUGAGUAUUCUUUUGAUAGUAAUGUUUUCUUAAAUUUAAGCGAAUUUUGAGAUGUAAGAUAUUGUUUUGAAAUUUCAAAUGGUAUGAUGUAAAUGUAUCUACCCUCAGCAGCUGGUAAGCCCAGGAUCGUGCAUUGUGAUAUUAGCUCAGCUAACAUUAUUUUGGAUGAAAAAUGGGAAGCCAAGGUGGCAGGUUUUGGACUUGUUACGUCCAUUUUAGCUGAUGAAACUCGUAUCAGCACUAAAGUUGAGGGCUCUUUUGGUUACAUAGAUCCAGAGUUUUUCCCCACCGGGAAGUUAAAUGAGAAGGUAGAUGUCUACGCCUUUGGAAUGCUGCUUCUGGAAUUGAUUACUGGAUGCCUACCUGUGAAUAAAAUUCAGCCCUCUGAUCCUGAAAACUUGGCUGUCAAGGCAAAACCGAUGCUCACAGAAGCUGUGAAAGACAACAACAUAAACGUUGUUUAUACCGAUCCAAUGUUAGGGAAAUUCGACAAGAGCGAAAGGCUUCGGAUGGUUCAUGGUGCUGCUCCCUGUGUAUGUUAUCCAGCAAGGGAUCGGCCGCAGAUGAGCCAGGAAAAAGAAAUCUAUUCUGCAACAGCCAUUGCUCUUCAACUGAUUAAAAACAUUUUUGCAGAUAUGAUCAAGUACCCAGAAAAUCAUUACACAUAG